AUGUCUCGUCAGUCCUGUGGCCUAGGAAAAGGGUUCAGCUCCAACUCUGUUUGCUUCGGAGGCAGGAACAAGGUCACGUUCAGCUCUGCAUCCCGAGGAGGAUGCCGGGGGUCCGGCAACACUGGUGGCUUCAGCAGCAGGAGCCUCUUUGCCUUAGGGGGCAAUAGAAACGCCUCUGCAGGAGGGUUUGGUGGUGUCUGCAGAGGGUUUGGAGCUGGUGGCCAAGGAGGCUUUGGCUAUGGCUAUGGGGCUGGGGCAGCAUUUGGUGGUGGGUCUGGAGGAGGCUUCAGUGGAGGCUUCGGUGGAGGCUUCGGUGGUGGUUUUGGUGGCUUUGGUGGAGGGUUUGACAGUGGGAUGGGGGGACAAGGCUUCCCCGCCUGCCCACCGGGUGGCAUCAGGGAGGUGACCAUCAACCAGAGCCUGCUGGCCCCACUCAACCUCGAGAUUGACCCCGAGAUCCAGAAGGUGCGGACUCAGGAGCGUGAGGAGAUCAAGCAGCUCAACAACAAAUUCGCUUCCUUCAUUGACAAGGUCCGGUUCCUCGAGCAGCAGAACCGGGUCCUGGACACCAAGUGGAAGCUCCUGCAGGAGCAGGGCAGCCCUGGGACAGGGAGCAGGAACCUCGACCCCUACUUUGAGACCUACAUCAAUGGGCUGAGGAGGCAGCUGGACACCCUGUCCAGCGAGAAGAGCCAGCUGGAGUCAGAGCUGAAGAGCUUCCAGGACAUGGUGGAAGACUACAAGACCAAGUACGAGGAGGAAAUAAACAAAAGGACAGCGGCUGAGAACGACUUUGUGCUCCUCAAAAAGGAUGUGGACACAGUCUACAUGACCAAGGUGGAACUUCAGGCAAAGUUAGAUUCUCUGGCAGAUGAGAUCAACUUCUUGAAGUACCUUUAUGAAGUGGAGCUGUCUGAGAUGCAGAAGACUGUUUCUGACACCUCUGUGGUUCUCACCAUGGACAACAACCGAAACCUGGACCUGGACAGCAUCAUUGCAGAGGUCAAAGCACAGUAUGAGGAGAUUGCCAACAGGAGCCGAAUGGAGGCUGAAUCCUGGUACCAGAGCAAGUACGAAGAGCUUCAAGUCACCGCAGGCAAACACGGGGACAGCCUGAAGGACUCCAAGGCCGAGAUCUCUGAGCUCAACCGUGUCAUCCAGAGGAUUCGCUCCGAGAUCGAGAGCGUGAAGAAACAGACUCUGCAGAGCUCCAUCGCGGAUGCUGAGCAACGCGGGGAGGUGGCCCUCAAGGAUGCCAGGGCCAAGAUGACUGACCUGGAGUCAGCCCUGCAGAAGGCCAAGGCAGACCUGGCCCGGCAGCUCCGGGAUUACCAGGAGCUCAUGAAUGUCAAGCUGGCUCUGGAUGUGGAGAUUGCGACCUACAGGAAGCUGCUGGAGGGAGAGGAGUGCAGGAUGUCUGGAGAGUGCCAGAGCAACGUGAGCAUCUCCGUGGUGGGAGGUGGCAGCAGCUCCAUGGGAGGCGGAUACGGCAGCAGCGGAAUAUUCUCCAUUUCUGUGGUUCAAGUUCAGCGCACGUUGAUUAACAUCAUGGCUGCUAAAAUGAGCCUUUUCCACUAUGUUUUCAAGGCUUGA